AUGGAUAUUAAUACAGACCCUUUUACCACCGGCUUUGAUCAAUUUGAUGGGAUACCUCAGAGAGUCUUGCCAGAUAAUUGUAUGGAAUACAGACUGAUCAUCAUCGACCAAGCAUCAGACCAAACAGUUAUCCGAGCGGAAUUGGAGAAGGUGAAGCAGACAGCGGAUACAUUCACCGGGACAGUAACGGCAGACUAUAUCUGGCAGCGGGACAGCCUCCAACUCGAAAUUGCCGAAACUGAGGAUGUGGGGUGGUGCUUGCGUGGAAGAACAGAGUAUGGGGAUUCGGUCGACGAUGAAUGGCUGAUCGUCUGGAUAUUAAGGGAAUUGACUGGGGAUUUCCCAAAUUUAUGGGCUCGGUACGCCUCUUCCACUCACUGUCCUGCCUAACAAUCUCUAACUCUUCGUAGAGUAUACGAUACCGACGGCGAGUUUCUACUUAUUGAAGCUGCGAGCACGCUCCCACGAUGGCUCAAACCCGAGAUUGCUGACAACAGGGUACUGGUCACACCGUCAUUACAUUAUUUCGCAAACUAAUAUUCUCAGGUCUGGAUACAUGAUUCAAAUCUCCUCAUAAUCCCUCCAGCCACUACAACCUUCAUAGACGGUACAAAACCUACCGCGCACUCACUCACACUUAAAGAAGCCUAUUCAAUUCUCAUCUCCGACUCCCGCGCGCCUCUCCAACGGAUUCGUAUUGUAGAGGAAGAGGCUUUCUAUCGGCUUGGGAGAUACCCAAAGGCAAUAGAAGAACACCUACAUUAUGCAGAGGCCCUCGUUCCACGAACGUGUGCGAUGGUCCUCCAUGAGGUGCCAGAAUCGAUAGCCGCAGCUACAGAAGCCUUCUACCUGCGCGACCCAAUAUCCCUCAAGUCACUGAACUCGAUGAACCACUUUCCACCCAGGGAUAUGGUCAUGAUCUCUGUCAGAUUCACCAGAGUUCUCUACGCUCAACUUCUAUCGCAGGAAUUCGAACUACUGUUGGGAGAUGGGUUCAAGAUCUCAUCUGAUAUGCCAAUUGCGAAUGCGACCGGUAUGAAGCUUGCUUGUGGCUUUGAAAUGCUCAUUAGUGAUAACGCCGCUCCGCAAGUUUCGUCCAAGGCGAGGGAAAUUAUUGUUAGAAAGCUUAAACAUAUACUACAAAAGAAAACGCCACCAACGGACGAAGAAAUCUCAUCAUGGCCUCGACGGAUCGAUGGUGAGGACUGGUUGGAUAUCAACUUUGAAGAGCUAGACAGGAACCUUUCAGGACAACAUGCCCCCGAGCCCGGGGACAGUUCGGGAGGAGCAAAGAAGGCUGAAAGUGGGUGGGGGAAUAAACAAGCGGAGGAAACGCUGAAGAAAAUGGUUAAGCGGUUUGAGGCCUUCCUAAAUGACGAGGAUGCCGGAAUCGAGGGAGCGGAGGUCGAUGACAUGGAUACCAGUGAUGAUGUAGACGAUGGUGAUGGUGACCAUGGUGACACUGAAGACAUGGACGAUAGUGAUGAAGACAAGGAGGUUAGUUUUGACGAAGUUGAGUUCACACGAAUCAUGCACGAAAUGAUGGGCAUGCCUACGCAGACUAGCGGUAAUGAAGGCGAGAACAAAUAUGACGAAGCCAAUAUCCGAGAGGUGAUGGCAACAGUUGAGGAAGAGCUCAAGGAGGCUGGGGCGAUCGAACGGAGGGAAAGCAUGGUCGAGAUACCGGGGGUUGCCGGCGAGGGGGGUGUGAGCGAUGGUGGAGAAGAAGUCAACAUAGACUUCGCACUCGCGAAGAAUAUGCUUGAGAGUUUCAAGGGCCAAUUUGGGCUCCCUGGACCGGGAGGUAAUCUCUUAGCUCGAAUGGGGAUAGCGCUUCCCCGAGAUGUGCUUGAGGAAGAUGGAAAAUAUCAUGAAGCAAAGGGCAACGAGAACCAGUCAUAG